AUUUUUUCCUAGCUCUUUCAGCUUCUAUGGAGAGAAGCAAGAAAAUGAUUCCUAAGGUUUUGAUCCAUGUUUUUGACAGAAUGGGAAAAGGAGGUGAUGGUGAACACAGGAAGGGAUAAAAAAUAUUCUUUCAUGGAGCAAAAAUGAUUGUUUUAAAGGUUUUCAUGUGUGGGAGGGGGAAUAGUAUCUUAGGAGACGGAUAAAGGUCAAAAAAGAAUGAAAUGGAUUCAUUGCUUGGAGGAAUGAAAGCUUGAGCCCAUUGAAAUCCUCCCUUCUCCCUCCUCCUCCUUCAUCCUGUCAGUAGCAGCAGCCAGAGAAAGGGACACAAAGCAGUGGAGGAGAUGCCUUCAUUUGAAUCUAUCAGCCCCACAAUGCAAGGACUGUGGGGGGAGAAUGAGGAAGGUAUUACCAAGAAUGGAUUUGUUGUAACUUCGGGAGGUUAAGAUUCAAUUUUGCAUGAUGUGCAUGAUACUGUAAAGCUGCAAAGACUCCCUGCUUGAAAAUGCUGCAAAAUCCCAGUGUCUUUGUUAGUGACAGGAUGUAUUGCUGACAUUUCUGCGGUUUACUGCAGCAGUUUUUUGCUCCUUUACUGAAAGGAAAAAGCUGCAUAGAGACGAGAGCUUGUGCUGCACUGCUGCACCCAGAAAUGCAAUGAAGCGGUAGUGCUAAGUGACUGUUAGCCACUGCUUCAAAAGAGAAAAGAAAAUGCUGAAAUGGAAAAUAAAGAGGAAUGAAAAGAAGAACACUAUCUGCUUAAACCUUCUCACUUCAUCUAUUCAUCAUCAAAAGAGACAGUGGGAGUUAUUCAAUCUUAGGUCCAGGGGUAGCCCAGGAUGGCUGCAGUGUCAUAUGAUCAGUUGUUAAAACAAGUAGAAGCAUUAAAAAUGGAGAACUCAAACCUUCGACAAGAACUGGAAGACAAUUCAAAUCACCUUACAAAACUGGAAACUGAAGCAUCUAAUAUGAAGGAGGUGCUAAAGCAGCUGCAAGGAAGUAUUGAAGAUGAGGCAGUGGCUUCAUCUGGACAGAUCGAUUUGCUGGAACGUCUUAAAGAAUUGAACUUGGAUGGCAACAGCUUCCCUGGAGUGAAGUUAAGGCCAAAGAUGUCCAUGCGUUCAUAUGGUAGCAGAGAAGGAUCUGUAUCCAGUCGUUCAGGAGAGUGCAGUCCUGUUCCCAUGGGAUCAUUUCCCAGAAGAGGUUUUAUGAAUGGAAGCAGAGAAAGCACUGGCUAUUUAGAAGAGCUAGAGAAAGAAAGAUCACUCUUGCUUGCUGAGCUUGAAAAGGAAGAGAAAGAAAAAGACUGGUAUUAUGCUCAGCUUCAGAAUUUGACUAAGAGAAUAGAUAGCCUUCCUCUUACUGAAAACUUCUCCUUGCAGACAGACAUGACUAGAAGGCAGUUGGAGUACGAAGCAAGGCAGAUCAGAGCUGCCAUGGAAGAACAGCUGGGUACUUGCCAGGACAUGGAAAAGAGGGCACAGAGGGCACCUCCAAGCAAGCAUGAUACAAGCACUCAUGAAGCUGAGAGGCAAAAUGAAAGUCAAGGAGCAGCAGAAAUCAGCAUGGCAACUGCUGGCAGUAGUCAGGGUUCGGCAGCUCGAAUGGACCAUGAGACAUCCAGUGUUAUGAGUUCAAACAGUUACUCUGUUCCUCGAAGACUGACAAGUCACCUAGGUACAAAGGUGGAAAUGGUGUAUUCAUUGUUAUCAAUGCUGGGUACUCAUGAUAAAGAUGAUAUGUCACGAACUUUGCUAGCAAUGUCAAGCUCUCAAGACAGCUGCAUAGCCAUGCGCCAAUCUGGAUGUCUUCCCCUCCUCAUCCAACUUCUACAUGGCAAUGACAAAGACUCCGUAUUGUUGGGAAACUCCCGGGGCAGUAAGGAGGCCCGUGCAAGGGCCAGUGCAGCACUACAUAAUAUCAUUCAUUCGCAGCCUGAUGAUAAGCGAGGCAGACGAGAAAUACGUGUCCUCCAUCUUCUUGAACAAAUCCGAGCUUACUGUGAAACAUGUUGGGAAUGGCAGGAAGCACACGACCAGGGCAUGGACCAGGACAAAAACCCAAUGCCAGCUCCAGUUGAUCAUCAGAUCUGCCCUGCAGUGUGUGUUCUAAUGAAGCUUUCAUUUGAUGAAGAGCAUAGACAUGCAAUGAAUGAACUUGGUGGUUUGCAGGCCAUUGCAGAAUUACUGCAGGUGGACUGUGAAAUGUAUGGACUUACCAAUGAUCACUAUAGUGUUACAUUGAGACGAUAUGCUGGAAUGGCUCUUACGAAUUUAACUUUUGGCGAUGUAGCUAAUAAGGCUACGUUAUGUUCCAUGAAGGGUUGCAUGAGAGCUCUUGUAGCCCAGCUAAAAUCAGAAAGUGAAGAUCUACAACAGGUGAUUGCAAGUGUGCUGAGGAAUUUGUCUUGGCGAGCAGACGUGAACAGCAAGAAGACUCUGCGUGAGGUCGGAAGUGUAAAAGCCUUGAUGGAGUGUGCUUUGGAAGUUAAAAAGGAAUCCACCCUGAAAAGUGUAUUGAGUGCCUUAUGGAAUUUGUCAGCACAUUGCACUGAGAAUAAAGCUGACAUAUGUGCAGUAGAUGGUGCUCUUGCCUUUUUAGUUGGCACUUUGACUUACCGGAGCCAAACAAAUACUUUAGCCAUCAUUGAAAGUGGAGGAGGAAUACUCCGUAAUGUUUCCAGCUUGAUUGCUACAAAUGAGGACCACAGGCAAAUCCUGAGAGAGAACAGCUGCUUGCAAACUCUGCUACAUCACUUGAAAUCUCACAGCUUAACCAUAGUCAGCAAUGCAUGUGGAACCUUGUGGAACCUCUCCGCACGGAAUGCGAAGGACCAAGAAGCAUUAUGGGACAUGGGAGCAGUUAGCAUGCUCAAAAAUCUCAUACAUUCAAAGCACAAGAUGAUAGCCAUGGGCAGUGCUGCAGCUCUAAGGAACCUCAUGGCAAACAGGCCUGCAAAAUAUAAAGAUGCUAAUAUCAUGUCUCCAGGUUCAAGCCUGCCAUCUCUUCAUGUUAGGAAGCAGAAAGCACUGGAAGCUGAAUUAGAUGCUCAACAUUUAUCUGAAACUUUUGACAAUAUUGAUAAUUUAAGUCCAAAAACAUCUCACCGUAAUAAACAAAGACAUAAACAAAAUCUGUACAGUGAAUAUGUUUUGGAUUCUAAUCGACAUGAUGAUGGAGUUUGCAGGUCAGAAAAUUUUAAUGCUGGUAACGUGACUGUGCUUUCACCAUAUUUAAAUACUACAGUGUUGCCUGGCACUUCUUCCUCAAGCAGAGGAAAUUCAGAGAGUUCUCGGUCUGAAAAGGACAGGAGCUUGGAUAGAGAACGUGCAAUGGGAUUAAACAGCUAUCAUUCAGCAACAGAAAGUUCUGGGAACUCUUCUAAACGAAUAGGAAUGCAGAUCUCUACUGCUACAGCCCAAAUUUCCAAAGUAAUGGAAGAAGUAAGUAUGCAUAUUACACAGGAUGAAAGAAACAGUGGUUCUGGAGCUGAAAUGCACUGUUUGUCAGAAGACAGGAAUGCAUUAAGAAGAACAUCUACUGCCCAUUCUCAUACAAAUGCUUAUAAUUUUCCUAAGUCUGAAAACAGGGCCUGUCCUGUGCCUUAUUCUAAAGUGGAAUACAAGAGAGCUUCUAAUGAUAGCUUAAACAGUGUCAGCAGCAGUGAUGGAUAUGGUAAAAGAGGACAGAUGAAGCCUAUUGAAUCUUAUUCUGAAGAUGAUGAAAGUAAAUUCUGCAGUUAUGGACAGUACCCAGCUGAUUUAGCCCAUAAAAUACAUAGUGCUAACCAUAUGGACGACAAUGAUGGAGAGCUAGAUACUCCGAUAAACUAUAGCCUGAAAUAUUCUGAUGAGCAGCUGAAUUCUGGAAGGCAGAGCCCAUCACAAAAUGAACGAUGGGCAAGACCCAAACAUGUAAUAGAAGAGGAAAUAAAACAAAAUGAGCAAAGACAGUCCAGAAAUCAAAGUGGAGCCUUCCCUGUAUACACUGAAAGUAGUGGUGAUAAACACAUAAACUACCAAUCACCUUUUGGUCAGCCAGAGUGUGUUUCUCCUUUCAGAUCAAGAGAAUCCAACAGUACAGAACAAAACAGAGUAAGCUGCAGUCUUGGGAUAAACACAAAAGUGAACCAGUCCUUAUGCCAGGUUGAUGAUUAUGAGGAUGAUAAGCCAACCAACUACAGUGAGCGUUACUCUGAGGAAGAACAACAUGAGGAAGAAGAUCAGCCAACUAACUACAGCAUAAAAUACAGUGAAGAGGAGCAUCAUGUAGAUCAGCCUAUUGAUUAUAGCCUCAAAUAUUCAACUGAUAUUCCUCCUUCUGCACAGAAGCCAUCUUUUUCUUUUUCAAAGAGCCCAGCAAUGCAGAACACUAAAACGGAUCAUAUUUCUUCAGCCACCGGGAAUAUGGCAACUUCUUCUGGUCCAAAGAGACAUAACCAGCUCCAUCCAAAUUCAGCUCAGAAUAGAACAAGUCACAGUCAGAAGCCUGCUUCUUGUAAAGCACCAUCUAUCAACCAAGAAACAAUGCAAACCUAUUGUGUUGAAGAUACGCCAAUAUGUUUUUCAAGAUGUAGUUCUCUGUCAUCUUUGUCAUCAGCUGAGGAUGAAACAGGGCGUGAUCAGUCCACACGUGUAGCAGACAGAGAUAACUCAAUGAAGAUGGUUGGAAUGAAAGAAAAUAGUGGGAACCUGUCUGCAACAAGUACUGUAAAUGAGACCUCAUCAGCAUCUCAGCAUGUCAGAACAAAAUCAAAUAGACUUCAGGCUUCUAAUUUGUCCCCUUCUGAUUCUGCUAGGCAUAAAGCUGUUGAGUUUUCUUCAGGUGUCAAAUCUCCUUCAAAAAGUGGAGCUCAGACUCCUAAGAGCCCACCAGAGCAUUAUGUGCAGGAAACUCCACUCAUGUUCAGCAGGUGUACCUCUGUAAGCUCCUUGGAUAGUUUUGAGAGUCGUUCAAUUGCUAGCUCUGUUCAGAGUGAACCUUGCAGUGGGAUGGUAAGUGGUAUUAUAAGUCCAAGUGACCUUCCAGAUAGCCCAGGACAAACAAUGCCACCAAGUAGAAGUAAAACUCCACCCCCUGCACAGACAACACAAGCAAAGAGAGAAGUAACCAAAAGUAAAGUGCCUAGCACUGAAAAGAGAGAAUCUGGGCCGAGGCAAACAGCUGUUAGUACAGCUGUUCAAAGAGUGCAGGUAUUGCAAGAUGCAGAUACUUUGUUACAUUUUGCUACAGAAAGCACACCUGAUGGAUUUUCUUGUUCGUCAAGCUUAAGUGCUUUGAGUCUUGAUGAACCUUUUAUACAGAAAGAUGUAGAGCUGAGAAUAAUGCCACCUGUCCAUGAAGAUGAUCCUGGGAAUGAUGCAGAACUUGAACAGCCAAAUGAUACAAAGAUUAAUCAAGAGAAGAAGGCAGAAAAGACCACAGAAACUGAAAAAGAUAUACUGGAUGAUUCAGAUGAUGACGAUAUUGAAAUAUUGGAAGAGUGUAUUAUUUCUGCUAUGCCAACAAAAUCUUCACGUAAAGCCAAAAAGCCUUCUCAGGUAACUGCUUCAAAAAUACCUCCACCUGUAGCCAGGAAACCAAGCCAGUUGCCAGUGUAUAAACUUCUCCCUUCUCAAAGCAGAUUACAUUCUCAAAAGCAUGUCAGUUUUACAGCUGGGGAUGAUAUGCCACGUGUAUAUUGUGUUGAGGGAACACCAAUAAAUUUUUCAACAGCUACGUCUCUGAGUGAUCUUACAAUAGAAUCACCACCCAAUGAACUGGCUAAUACUGGUAAUGCUGGCACAGGGAUGGAAUCAACUGAUUUUGAAAAGAGAGACACCAUUCCUACAGAAGGCAGAAAUACUGAUGAUAAGCACAGGGGGAAAAAUCCAACUGGGUCGGUUGUUGAGUUGGAUGAUGAGAAAACAGAAGAAGGGGAUGACAUUCUUGCCGAGUGUAUUAAUUCUGCAAUGCCAAAAGGGAAAAGUCACAAGCCUUUCAGAGUGAAAAAGAUAAUGGAUCAAAUCCAACAGACAUCUACAUCUUCAUCCAUAAGUAAUAAAAAUCAGCUAGAAGUUGAGAAAAAGAAACCAACUUCACCAGUAAAGCCCAUGCCCCAAAGCAAUGAGUACAGAGCACGCUUACGAAAAACCACAGAGUCAAAAAGUAAUUUUAAUAGUGAAAGGAACCACACAGACAACAAAGACACAAAGAAACAGAACCUUAAAAAUAGUUCAAGGGACUUUAAUGAUCAACUUCCAAAUAAUGAAGAGCGUUCAAGAGGAAGCUUUUCAUUUGAUUCUCCCCACCAUUACACUCCAAUUGAAGGAACUCCAUAUUGUUUUUCAAGAAAUGAUUCCUUGAGUUCUCUAGACUUUGAUGAUGAUGUGGAUCUUUCAAGAGAGAAGGCAGAACUGAGAAAAGGGAAAGAGAGUAGUAAAACACAAGCUUGCCAAAAAUAUGCUCCAACAGGACGAACUCAAUCUAAAGCUUUGGUGCAGAAACAGAGCUCUUUCCCUCAGACAUCCAAAGAUAUUACAGAUAGAAGUGCAGCUACAGAUGAGAAAAUGCAAAAUUUUGCAAUAGAAAAUACGCCUGUUUGUUUUUCUCGUAAUUCAUCUUUGAGUUCUCUUAGUGAUAUUGAUCAAGAAAACAACAACAAAGAAAGUGACUCUACAGAACAAAUAGAACCAUCUGAUGUACAGAUAGAAUCAAACAGACCACAAGCUUCUGGCUAUGCUCCUAAAUCAUUUCAUGUUGAAGAUACUCCUGUAUGUUUUUCAAGAAACAGUUCUCUCAGUUCUCUUAGUAUUGAUUCUGAAGAUGAUCUUUUGCAGGAAUGUAUUAGUUCUGCUAUGCCCAAAAAGAAAAAGCCUUCAAGAACUAAAGGAAACAAUGAAAAAAGUAGCUGCAGAACCACAGGAGGCAUUUUAGCAGAAGACUUGACACUGGACUUGAAAGACUUCCAAAGGCCUGAUUCAGAGCAUGGUUUCUCUCCUGAUUCAGAAAAUUUUGAUUGGAAAGCUAUUCAAGAAGGUGCAAAUUCUAUAGUCAGCAGUUUACAUCAAGCUGCUGCUGCAGCAUCGCUGUCUAGACAAGCUUCGUCCGAUUCUGAUUCAAUCCUUUCAUUAAAAUCUGGGAUUUCCUUAGGAUCACCCUUUCAUCUUACUCCUGAUCAAGAAGAGAAACCUUUUACUAACAAUAAGGGUCCAAGAAUUAUUAAACCUGGAGAGAAAAGCACAUUGGAAUCUAAGAAAGUAGAAUCUGAAAAUAAAGGUAUCAAAGGAGGAAAGAAAGUAUACAAAAGUAUGAUUACAGGAAAAGCUCGUUCCAAUUCAGAACUCACAAGUCACUUGAAACAGCCACUGCAAACAAACAUGCCCUCAAUCUCCCGUGGCAGGACAAUGAUUCAUAUUCCAGGAGUUCGAAAUAGUUCUUCAAGUACAAGUCCUGUUUCUAAAAAGGGACCACAACUAAAAAGUUCAGCCUCUAAAAGUCCUAAUGAAAGCCAGAAUUCCCCCAGAGUAACAAAGCCAUCUGUGAAAUCAGAACCAAGCCCUAUAUCCAGACAACCAUCACAACAGGGUGGAACAAGUAAAGGACCUUCUCGAUCGGGAUCUAGAGAUUCUACACCUUCUAGACCACAACAGCAGCCAUUAUCCAGACCUCUACAGUCUCCUGGCCGAAAUUCAAUUUCACCAGGCAGAAAUGGCAUAAAUCCUCCCAAUAAACUCUCCCAGCUGCCAAGAACAUCAUCUCCAAGUACAGCUUCUACCAAGUCUUCAGGUUCAGGAAGAAUGGCAUACACAUCACCAGGCAGGCAAAUGAGUCAGCAAAAUGUAGCAAAGCAAACAGGGUUGCCCAAAAGUACCAGUGGUAUUCCUAGAAGCGAGUCUGCCUCCAAAGGAUUAAAUCAAAUUUCUGGUGUUAGUGGAUCUAACAAAAAGGCUGAGUUGUCCAGAAUGUCAUCAGCCAAAUCCAGCGGGAGUGAAUCUGACAGAUCAGAGAGGCCUAUUUUAGUACGCCAGUCAACUUUUAUUAAAGAAACUCCAAGUCCCACUCUAAGAAGGAAAUUAGAGGAGUCUGCUUCAUUUGAAUCUUUGUCUCCUUCUAGACCAGACUCCCCCACCCAGUCCCACACACAGACCCCAAUUUUAAGUCCUUCGCUUCCUGAUAUGUCUUUAUCUACUCAUUCAGCAAUCCAAGCCGGUGGUUGGCGAAAGUUACCUCCUAAUCUGAGUCCUUCUUUAGAAUACAGCGAUGGAAGACCAACAAAACGUCACGACAUAGCUCGGUCUCAUUCUGAGAGCCCCUCAAGACUGCCAGUUAACAGGUCAGGCACAUGGAAGCGUGAGCACAGUAAACAUUCCUCAUCACUUCCUCGUGUAAGCACUUGGCGAAGAACUGGAAGUUCUUCCUCAAUUCUCUCAGCUUCUUCUGAAUCCAGUGAAAAGGCCAAAAGUGAGGAUGAAAAGCAACAUGUAAGUUCUUUUUCUGGACUCAAGCAAUCUAAAGAAAGUCAAGCACCAGCAAAAGGUACUUGGAGAAAGAUAAAGGAGAAUGAAAUUCCUCAGAUAAUGACUAGUCCUCCACAGAAUACCUCAAGUGCUACCAAUGGUGCUGAUUCAAAAACUUUGAUCUACCAAAUGGCGCCUGCUGUUUCUAAGACAGAAGAUGUAUGGGUGAGAAUUGAAGACUGCCCUAUUAAUAAUCCUAGAUCUGGAAAAUCUCCCACAGGAAACACUCCCCCCAUUAUUGACAGUGUUUCAGAGAAAGGGAACAUAAAUAGUAAAGAUUCAAAAGAUCUCCAUGGAAAACAAACUACAGGAAAUGGAAAUGUUCCUGUUCGUACCAUGGGUUUAGAAAACCGCCUGAACUCAUUCAUUCAAAUGGAUAGUCCAGACAAGAAGGGAACUGAAACAAAACCUGUGCUAAGCAAUCCUAUCCCUGCCCCAGAGACCUGCGAAGGCAUCAUUAGUGAACGUACACCAUUCAGCUCCAGCAGCUCAAGUAAACACAGUUCACCCAGUGGAGCUGUUGCAGCAAGAGUUACUCCUUUCAACUAUAAUCCAAGCCCCAGAAAAAGCAGCGCAGAUAAUGGCUCUACGCGACCAUCACAGAUACCAACACCAGUUAAUAACAGCACUAAAAAACGAGAUUCGAAAACUGAAAAUUCAGAUUCAAGUGGUGCUCAGAGUCCUAAGCGCCAUUCUGGAUCCUAUUUGGUGACUUCUGUUUAAGUAAAAAAUCAGAUAUAUUAUGCUAUAUGUGAAGAUUUUUUAAUGGAACUAUACAACAUGGGGGUUUGAGGGUUGUUUUUUUUUGUAAAUAAGUUUGAUUAUUGUAGAGGGUCCUUGUUCUGGAAGCCAUAUUUGAUAUUCUUUGUCUUCACUGGUAACGCUUUCAAGGGAUUCCUGAUUGAUAGUUUAGCAAUAAAAUUGCUAAAAUGAUUAUAUUUGUACAGUAUGUUUUGCAUAUAUUUAAUUAACAUCCCAUCUUUAAUUGUUUCGGAGGGGGAUUCAGGAAAGAUAAACCAGAUUUAAAAAAGAAUUCUAUUGCUGUAUUGCUCAUUUUUAGAUUUGCAAAAUAACUAAAACUACAUCAGGGAGAAAUUGGUAUUAUUUAUGCAAAAAAUACUCUGUUUUAGUAUUUGUGAAGCCACGUAACAUUAUAAUUAAUCAUGUGGCUGUGAAAUUCACAGUAAUAUGGUUUCUGCUGAACAAGCCUGUUUUUUCUGCAUGGAUAGAACUGAUUGUUCAUUUUCUGAAAUAACGUUUAACAUUUCUGUGGUCACAUAAUGUGCAUAGAUAGUUAUGGUGUAAUGAUUUAUCCUUUGUUUGUGCUCUGGAGGAAAAAAAGGAAAUCUGUGUAUGUGUAAACCUUGAACAAAAUUAUUUUACCUGAACUAGAUUUUAUCUGACAGUAGGUAGGAUUUUUGCUAUGCUGUAACUUGAUGUAUAUUCUGGUAUUUGAGGUGAGAUGGCUGCUCUUUAUUAAUGAGACAUGGUGAGGUCUCAACAGAAACUAAUUAACAUUUCAGAAUAAAUUAUUGCUGUAUGUAAAUUUGGUUGUGUGUUACUUUUGCGGUAGUUAUUAAAUUGAUGUUUAAUUUUGGUAUUUUUGGACAAUAUUCUCUGUAUGAUAUAUAAUGCACUUAUUCUAAAGGCUCUUUUGGGACUAUCGACACUUCACUUAAACAACUGGAAACAUUCCCGUUGAUUGUGAUAGAUCAAGAUAGCACACACUGCUUGUACAGUCACACUGGUUCUCCCCCAGCUGAUAGUAGCUGUUAGUAAACAUGCGAAACAACUGCAACAUUCAGGUAGACCACUGGGGUUUGCAGUUAAAACUUUUAAGCUGAUUUCAGAUAUCGAUAGAGGCACUAAAAGAAGUACUUCCAUAUUUUUUUUAUACCUGGACAACCUAUACAGUUUUUUGUGUAUACAAAGAAGACUUUUUUACAGUUUUAAAAAAACUGGAAAAAGUAUACAGUUAGAAAUUUAAGUGUGUUUUCCUUUUUUAAAAAUUUGAGCAACACUGGCAACUAAUGUAUUAAAUUUAAGUGUCUUAGUAGAAAAUAAGAUUUCUACAUUAAACUGCUAUGGAUAAUCCAACUUUGUAUUCACAUAUGCUUUGACUUAAAGAGACCUUCAUUAGACUGUUUACAGUGGAAGUAUUCUUACAAACUUAAGUGCCUCUAUAUAAAUAUAGCAACAUGUGUGUGCAUGUGGUUAAUUAAAACAGUGGUGAGCAAGUCAAGUGUAUAACUCAGGCAGGCUUUUAUUCUUACAGUCAUGCAUGUAAGUGUUUGGUAGCAGGGUUCAGAAUCUCCUUAUGAAUUGCUUCACACACGCAUACCAGCACAGUUGACAAUGCAGGAUAGUGUUUCCUGUGUGACAAACAACCAUGGCAAAUGUUCUCAAUAAUUUUUUUCAUUGCAAAUGUGAAACUUUAUAAUAGCAUGAAGUGCUGUUAACAAGACAGCAACAUGAAUUUUGAAACCAUUCAAUUAUUAUUGGUUCUCCUGUCCCAUUAACUGUUUAAUCACAUGUUGCAGACUAUUGAGAUGGGGUGAUGAGUCCUAUAAUGCUUUCAUACAUCAUCUCCCAGAAGAAGUUCUUUAUCCCUAGAAAUCCUUCUUAAAAAUAAUUAAUGUAAUAAGAUAAUUUUAAGCAAUUUAAAUGCUGUGUCUUAUAAGCAAUUAGUCCUUCCUAUUUGUGAUUCUCCAUCCUAAAAGGUUAUAUCCAAAGGCUCUAUUUUGCAAAUAGAGGGAGAACAUAAGCUUAUGUGGAAGAGGGCCAUGAUUUUCCAUUUUUCCCUCUAUGCGUCAUAGCACUGUUUCCAAGGGUUUUGUGACCCCCUGCCACCACUUUUGGGAAAUACCUGUUCUUUGAUUAGAACUCUAGUCAUGGUCAUUUGGAUCCAGCCUUAUAUGCUUAUUUCUUCUAUUCCUUGCUCUUUUAAGUGGGCAUAUUUAAUGGCAUACCAUAUUAAUGGAAAACCUUAUGUAGUGGAAUGCCUCAUAUGAACCCUGCCUACCUAAUAUACAGCCCUCCGUUUUUGCAAUAAACUAUACUGUAUGUUUAAAUGUCCUUCAUGUACUGAAUCGAACAAGGAGAGAAAAUAUAAGAUCGGUCAGUAUUUGUUCAUUAGAAUCAACUGUUUCCUUUGCUAUCAACAUUACUAACAGAAAAUGGAGAGUACAGCUCCAGAGAAUCCCAAACAAAACUGUUUCAUAAAUCCUUGCUUUCAUGGCAACUUGACUUUACUGAUGCUGUUAAAAAUGUACUUGUUGGAGUACUGUUUUUUUUAAUUUCUACUGAAUUAACCACUAGUUUAAUAAGAUUCAGCGAUGAUGCACUACACAGUAUGGGCAAAACAAUUGGUAAGAACUUCUUUGUUACUGAGUCUUAUAAAGUUUUCCUGCUUUUGCCCCAACCUUUGGUAAUGAGAGAACUGUUUUUCCAGUUUCCUGAUUUUUUGUGACUCAAUGUACAAGCCAAGUAGUUUGGACUUAUUUUGUAACUUAAUGCUGACAUAUUGAAAUAAACUUAUAACUUGACAAAUAUAAUUUCAUUUUUAUGUAAAAAACAGUCUAGUCAAAACAAAUGGGAAAAUUGUAAUGUUUACUAUUUUACAUUGUUUUUAAUUUCACUGUGAGGUGUGAUCAGGUCUGUAUUUUUUCUCUUAUCCCUCCCUUUCAAAAGCAUUAAUUGAACUGUGAUUAACUUGUCUUUAAUUGAAUUAUUUAUUGUUCCAAGUGAUGUACUUUACCUUCUACCUUUCUCACUUGUAAACUAUCCAUUACAAUUCAUCAUGUACUGACAAUGUCAAACCUCUGAUGAAACUUCUGAUAACCUUUUUAUAUUUCUCUGACAAAUCAACCCAGACCAGAGAUCUGAGGUAGUCUGUUUUCGAAGUAGUAUCCUAUUAACAUGUUUGAAAAGCAUUAACCUUUGUAUAUUUUUAAUGUGUGAAAUUAAAAUUCAAAACUCUUGUGUUUGACAAACUUAA